AUGCUGCUGUGUUUAUGUCAUGAACGAUCACGGCAGUCGAUAAAGCCGAGAAAAUCAGACCGUUCAUCGCGUUCGCUCUCGAUAAUACGAACCCCAAAAGUUCCCAACGCUUCCAAUGGAAAAACCUCUGCAUCAUCAAAUGAGGUACCGGCUUCCCCUGUGCCACCGUUGAUGCGGUUGCUGGUAAAAAUGACGUCGGCAACGUUUGAGCGUGCCAAGGGCGCUUCUGGCAUUGAGUUUGACGUAUCAAGAGAUGGAUACGGGUGUCUUCAAAUCCCGGACAUUAAUGCCCGAUGUGCGUCUUCGACUGAGCCUGCAACUACGCCAUCUUUGUCGACUUUUUCACAUAGUUCGAAGGUGUGGCCUCCACCUGAUGGUUACUCAGUGAUGGCUUGGUUUCGAUUGGACUCAUUGGAGCGCAAGGAUGACCGUGAAAGACUCUACCGUGAGUGUUUUAUGUCUAACACGUGCAUUCAUUGCCGAAACAAGAUACAGGACGAGUGUGUGUUGAAGUGUUCUCAUCGAGCGUGUCGAGGCUGUAUUGAGGCACUUCUUAAUAGUGGUGGUGAGUGUGUGGUUUGCAAUCCGCCGAUGUUCUAUCUCUUCAGAUUUCGAUCAAGUGAUGGAAACUCAGUGAGUGAAGCGUUUUUGAAAGGAGGAAAGCUGUACAUGCGGACGAGCUCGAACCGCGCGUCUGCUUACCAGUUUUCACAUACUCCGAUCGCGACAAAGCAGUGGCAUCACGUUGUCUUCACGCAUGCAAGGCAACGUUUCCAGCCCAGUAUGGUUUCUUGCUACCUGAACGGAGUUCUGCAAGAGCACGUGAAGAUAUCGUACCCUUCCGGCAUUACAGGGAGCCAACCGCUCAGUGGUUUAUUAGGUGUACCAUCCCAAGCACGCCGUUGUUCCAGUGCGAAAUGGAUGCUCGGUCCAUUCUAUCUAUUGGAUCUACCUGUCUCGCCGCCUGUAGUGAAUGCAGUGUUCGCUGCGGGGCCUUCGUAUGACCGACUCUUCUUUGGCGCUACAGGAAACAACGAGAUAGGAGUCACGUUCGACCACCUGAAUAUUCCAAACAUGGUGAUGCUUGAUUCGUAUAUGUGGGACCCUGUGCGUUCGUUAAUCGAUUCUGUCGAUGUUGAACGUGGUGGUCGUAACAAACUGCUUCGUCGGAGUCUCUCGCUGGCCUCGGCAGCAUCAAGUACGGCUGCAGCCAUCGUUCAGGACAUCAAGUCAAGCUCCAACGUGUUUGCUCGCAUUCCUAGUGCAGCGCCAUUGGUUCAUAUCCCGAUUCCAUCCGAGCGUAUCGUGGUAACAUACUCUGCACGAAAUGGUGUGGCAAAAGAGCUAUCGAUGGUGCCCAGUAGUAAGCUUGAUGGACGACCAAGUGGACAUCUCAUGGGAGGGGCAACGUUGUGCGAAGCUGCGACAAUGGCAGAUGCUAUGUUCGACAUACGCAGCUCUGGGUGUCAAGUCGCGUAUGGGCUGCUAGAUGAGGCUUCGACAGCUGAGGAAGUGGAGUUGGCCCUCGAUCUACUCCGGCUUUGUAUGCAGAGUAACUUUCGAAACUUGGCAGCGAUGGAGCACGAUCAUGGAUAUGGCGUUGUGAAUUAUUUGCUUCACCAAAAGGCAUCGCUUUUGAGUGCGCAGUGCUUGCAAACUUUGUUCCGAAUCGUUGGAGUGGACUUUGAACUCGACGCACCGGCGCGACAAUCGGGAAUAGAGGCGCACCCUUCCCGGGACAGUGCUAUCCGGAAUGUACAAGCUCUGCAGUACUUUAUUCUGGACUACUCGCUCUGGCAAAAAGUGCCGGGUACGGAUACAGCAAGGCUACUUUUCUCGACGCUGUACUCGUGUCUGGCCGCUGAUGACGAGGCAAUUCGUGAGCGAAACCGAGCACAGUUGCAAUCGAUGAGCUUUAUUCGACAGCUUCUAUACGUACUUAUGGACCCCACCGUCACGGAUGGUGUUUCUCGAGUGGUUGUGGAUGUGAUUUUAGUGUGUUUGACGAGCCCAAGCCGUGAUUCGAUUGUGGAAUCAAAUUUCUCAGACGUCACCAGCUUUCUUGCAGCUACACUGUCCCCACGCUUUGGUCGGUAUCGGAGUGAAGGUGUUGAUGAUGAAGUCUCUGUUGAAGUGUUCAAAAGCCACACUCUAGCAAGUCCAACCGGUCGAUUGUGUCUGAGUCCACGGGGAUCUCAACGAAUGGAUGGGAAUACUUGGAGUGAACCUAACGAUAGAGAAGAAAAACCUGGACCAACAAAAGUGGCAAAUGCGCAGUUGAUCUCACAUCAAGCUAAGAUCCAGGAACUGUUGUUGGACACAUUGGUGAAAGCUGUGCACAAACUUGAUGUGAAGGAGAGCAGGGAAUUUGGAGAGGACCUUGACAAAAGGGGCUCAGAUGCGAGUUCUGGUGGACCACUUAAAUCUGUUACUUCAUCAAGCACUUCUUCGAGUGGGGCUGCACGAAUGCAAUUGCCAAGUGCGUCUCGUCUAACGGGAUUCCGCAAAUAUUUGGGUAUGCGUUGGAUUGAAUAUUUCCUCUUCCCUGGUGAUGAAACGGAGUUUUCACUUCGUGUUACUCCGUCGACAAUCAAUGCAGCACUACGGUUGCUAUGUACUUUGCUUGGGAACUCACGAUACGAAAGCGUCUUUAAGAAAGAGGGCUAUUAUCGGUUGCUUGCUCAGGGUUUGCCGUGCAAUCACGCCAUGUUCACGACUGCCGCUGUGAACCAGCGUUUUCCAUUCCAGAAGAUGUGGUUUACUCUGUUUGGAGCACUUCUAGGGACUCCAGUGGACGGUGUGCCCGCUGCAAUACGGCUUGAAAUCGACUACCUCCGAAAAGAUUUUGAAGUUAACAUCCAGCGGGAUCGUGUCGUAAAUUUCAGCAUCUUAAACGUCAUUAUGGUGCUGCUUCGUCGUCAUUUCAAUGAUCCCAUGGCAAUGAUGAGUUCCGCUGGAGAUACGUCGAUGGUAACUUUCGUUGAUUUUGAUGCAGAAACCAAGCAUUCUACUGUACUCACACCCUCGACUGAACAAGCCGACAUUUACCAGGUCGAAGUUCUUGACUUCCUUCAGCAUAUCUUCGAGAACAUGCCUAGUUUGCACAGUUUCGUCAUCUCCGGAGCUGAGAAGAUGCGACAGGAGUUUAUGGAGGAACUGACUCGGUUGAUUUGCGCUGCCGCGAGAGCUUACUUAAUUGAGCAGUAUCCACACUCUCAAGCGGAAGUAUCGAAAGUGUUGGAGGACAAACAAGUUGCUGUGACUGAAUACAACAUUGUGGUAUGUCGAGCAGAGUUGGCAGAAGAAGCAGCAGCUGUGGAUUCAAAUGGAAGUGACCCGUUCUUACAUCAUCCCGUCGCGGCAAGUGGUUUACGGCUGUUAAUCGCGCAAUUGAUGAAACUCCUGCUUGAAGCACCAAACGGCAGCGACGUUAUCGAAGAGUAUGUCGAUGGCACAGCAAACUCAGCAGUAGUCCUCCCGCCUCUAAACAGUGGACUCGUCUUACGCUUCCAAAGUCUUGUGGUUAUGGGUCUUCUCGAUCAUGUCCGUGCGAAGUUUGACGAUGACGAUAUUGUGGCCAAGCACAAACACUUUGGAGCUAACGUGCGGGAGUUUGUAAAGUUUGUUGUUGCAAAAAUGCAUAGUUGGCAGCACCCACAGCAUGGAGAUGGAUGCCCUGCAGUCUUUGCCUGCUGCGGGGCAGCUCAUUUUGUUGGUGGGCCUUCUCGGCUAUUGGAAAUGGUGCUGUUUGUGUUAGCGGAUGCACAUAUCGGGGCUUGUGGCGUAAAUGGCAGUGGCUUGUCUUCAUUAUCAACACCUUCAUCGUUUGGUGGGAUGCUCUCUGAAAAGCUCAGUAAGGGGAAGAAACGGAAGCCAUUUCGACAGCUUAUGGACCGCAUGACUCGCUCUGUAGAGCUUGACACGCUAGUUUCAGAGCUGUAUAUAGCCUUGAAUGCUGUCAUCCUACACGUCUUCCAUGGUCGCGGUGCUGAGGUUGGAGACGAGGAGCUGGAAGCUAUGCUACAGCAGAUUCAUUUGCAUCGUGACGUCGUGUUUGGCUCACAAAGUAGCCACGACAAGCGAUUUCUGGGCUGUUUGUGCAGAUAUCUGCUACAACUGUUGAGUGACGCCAACGUCCGCCCACUUCAAGAAGCGGCUGCGCAUCUUUGGAUCGAUCUCAUGCUUUUCCAACGGAGUUUUAUUGAUGAUCUACUGACUGUCGAGAUUCGGAAAAGUGGAGCGCCACCGUACUCGGUAAAUUUGAUGAAGAACGGGUUUGAUGUGCUUCUCGAGUGCGCAGACGCUCCAGCCGAGAAAAGAAUAGUGCAGUCGUCAUCAUUCGCUACGUUUUCGAAGUGGCUGGAGCUUGUUGGGCCUCCAUUGAAGGAAUUAGAGGGUAAUUUGGAUCGUAUCUAUAUUCACUUCGUCGUUGAGACCAAGGAAGCUGUGCACGAAACUUGGACGGCGUAUCACAAGAAAGCGAAUCAUCGGAAAAGCAAGUACGAAAAGCAAUUCGAUGCUCGGUACGAUUGGUUCGUAUCGAUGGAGAAUGCGUACAUUGAGUCUUUGCUGCGUUCGCAGCAAAACGAGUUCCGUCGCCAGCUCAAGUGGGAACAAGACCGAGUAGACAGACAAAAGUUUAUUGCAAACCGAAGCAGGUAUGACUUGGAAUCGUCAUCUCCUCGGCGGUACUCAUGGCGCUUAGACUUUACUGAAGGUCCGUAUCGAAUGCGUAAACGUCUUACCCAAAUGGCUCAGACUCUAGAGCCAUCGUGUCGGCCCGGCCUGCUUCAGCGACGUUGUUCCGAGUCUGAUGUCAAUCUACGCACUGUCAGCUCUCAAGCAAAGUCUUGUAAGACAGCUGAGCCUCUCGCCAAGCGACAGCAAUUCGAUGAAAGUGAGACAGGCAAUACCCGACAGCCAGCCACGAAGAGAGCGUUUGCGACCAGUGCAUCGUCGUCUGCUGUGCUGAGCUCCAGAGAGCGGCUGCGUAAAGGAUCGUUCGAAGCAUUAUUCACCAAGUACGUGAAGAAUGAGAGACGCCCUUCACAGAGUUUUCGCUUCAAUCGACUAUCUGCUGGCCACGACAGUAUCGUCGAACAUGAUGAUCAUGAAGAGGAGAAGGCAGGUGAUGUCAGCGGGGUAGAGAGUUCAGCUGUUUUUGAGAGUGCUGUCAACUCUGGUGGUGUGGCUAUGGAAGAUGUCGUUGAUGAGAAACUCCGGCCGCUUUUAAUGCCUGGGGACGAGAUCAUUGCCAUUUACGAUUGUUUGCGCAUUGACGGUAUGGAUUCAAGUCCUGGCGUCUUUCUGUUAUGCAACGAUCACGUGUACAUUGUCGACAAUUAUCAGCGACAAAGUCAGCCGUUUGUUUCUUCUCACAACGAUAUUGGGAGUGAGCAUAACUCCCAAACCCGCGUGACGGAGGUCCCUCAAGGUUCCACAACGUUGUUAGAGCGCCGUCUAAGCUGGCGUCUCCACGAAUCUCCACACCAUUCCCAAUCUGUCGCGCGAUCAAGGGAUACCCAUCAGUGUCGGUUUUGGGCGUACGAGGACAUUACAGAGCUGCACAAGCGAAGAUAUCAGCUCCGUCAUGUUGCCUUGGAGUUUUUUGCGAACGACGGUAGAAACUAUCUGGUUACACUUGAGUCACUGGAGCAGCGUGAGCUCGUAUUACAUGCUCUCUUGGCUAAGUGCCCAAAUGUUCAAGGAGCAGCCAGUGGUCUUGAUGGGGUAUCAGGAGGGGGUGACUUGUACUCACAAUUACGCAAACUACUACGCAACAGCAUGACGGAACGAUGGGUCCAAGGCGACAUCUCCAACUUUGCGUACCUCAUGCACCUCAACACACUGGCAGGAAGGUCAUACAAUGAUCUCACGCAGUACCCUGUAUUCCCGUGGGUUUUGGCCGACUAUGAUUCGGAGAUAUUGGAUCUCAGUGACCCAAUUGUCUAUCGAGAUCUACGCAAACCUAUGGGAGCGCUUCAACGCGAAGAGGAGUUUCGAGCACGAUACGAUGGCUUACUGGAAUCCCUUGGAGUUGCUGACGACGCUGCAAGCGACCACGCCCUCAGUUCCCGGCCGUUCCACUAUGGUACGCACUACUCAUCUGCUGCUAUUACGCUACAUUACUUGAUGCGCUUGGAGCCUUUUACGUCGCACUUCCGACGCCUUCACGGUGGGAAAUUUGACCACGCUGACAGACUAUUUACGAGUAUUGUCGGUGCCUGGAAGAGCGCGGCCGGUUUUGAAGGAGCUCAAAACGGCACCCAGGACGUGAAAGAACUCAUUCCCGAGUUUUAUUACUUGCCAGAGUUCCUAGAAAAUGUCAACGCUUGUGUGUUUGGUACCAGCCAGACUGGAGUCGUCGUAGGAGACGUGGAACUUCCUCCUUGGGCCAAUGGAUCCCCCACUGAGUUCGUGCGCUUGAAUCGCGCAGCUCUCGAGAGUCCGUACGUCUCCGCCAACCUGCAUCAUUGGAUCGACUUGAUUUUUGGGUACAAGCAGCAAGGCCCAGCGGCUGUGGAGGCUUGCAACAUCUUCUACCACCUCACGUACGAAGGAUCUGUGGACUUGGAUGCGAUCACCGACGCGUCCACCAAGCGCGCCAUCCUGGAUCAAAUUACAGAGUUCGGACAAACGCCAUCACAACUUUUCCGAACGCCACAUCCAGUCCGCGCAGUCGCUGCGUCUACGAGUGGCAAUAUUGCUACGAAUAGCUCGCUCUUUGGAGGUUCGUUGGGGCCGUCUUCAGGACCCAGUUAUGCUCAAGGUGAAAGUGGAGAUGGCAGGAGAGUGGCUACUUCCCCUUUGACUGCCCGGGCUGCGCUUGCCAGCUCCUUCCUGGAAGGAGGAGAAAUCAUCUCGCGGAUGCAGACAAUGUUGUCUAGUGGCCCAGUACUUAGCGGUACGUUCGUAGGCACGACGGAAGCAACGUUCUCGCCUGUUCUCGAGACCUCGGCAUUGCUACAGCAGGAGCCACGACGGCAGGUUCCUGUCAAUCCUCUUCUAGCUUUCUACCGACGUGGACAACAGGGCUCGACUUCUGGUAGCAACACGAACAUUCACAACAUCGCGUGGACAAGUGGUGGAGUUGCGCGAGAGGAAAAAGUGGUGGUUGCUGGCCCCAAGUGUCUCUUGAUUCCUCCACGGAAUAACGAAUAUCUUGCCUGGGGGUUCCACGAUCAAUCAGUCAAGGUUGUUUCUACUAGCUCUGCUGAGAUCGGUGGUCAUGGGAGUGAGUCCAAAGUGAUUGCAUGCUUAGAGCUGGAUGUGGAGAUUGACGUUGCGACCAUCACCACUGACGGACGGAUUGUCAUCACAAGUAGUCCGAGCUUACCAGUCUUGCGUGUGUGGCGGUUCAAUUCAACAAGACGUUCUCUGGCUGCGUCUCUAGCUGCGGCAUCGGGUUCUUCUUCGGCGUCUGCUACAUCGUCAUCGGCUGCAGCUGUAGCAACGUCACUAGCUGCCGCGUCGGCUUUAAGUGCACCUCACAGACGUCGAACAUACACGACAAUGCCAUCCAGCACUCGUUCACUCACACUGAUGGGGUCCGUCUCCACGCCAAUGCACCGGAAUCGAAUAACGGCGUUGCAGGCGAGUCGAGCGUACAGCGUCCUUGUGAGUGGAUGUGCUGGUGGUGUUGCUGUGCUUUGGGACUUAAAUCGCCGUCGAUUCAUCCGCCAACUUCCGCCAAUCUGUGGCCAAGACGACACGAGAGUACGUGGAAUCACGACGAUAUGUAUCAACGAAGUGACGGGCGACAUUGUCGUGGCUGCUGGCUCGACGUUUGGUGUGUACAACAUCAAUGGAGUACUCCGCGUGCGUUUAGAUGACAGUGUCGUGGUGCGUGCGAAUGGAGUGCUGAGAAGCACGUGA